UCUUCAUUUUUGAACACAACAAUGCAAAAUUUGUAAAAAAAAGUGAAAGGCCUUGGAGUGUUUAAAGAAACAGGAAUGUGUCUCUCCAAUGAAUGGACAGCAACUAAAGUCACAUACAGUCACAAUGGUGAUCACAAAUAUCAGCUAUCAUGCUUGAGAAGCAAAAUUUACAAACACGCAACAUCAAAGAGCCACAAGGCAGCCGAAGACAUAAUGCUAAACACACAAUAGCUGUUUCCUUGCAAAAACAAGUGGAGAGUGAAGCACAGAUGAAAGCUACACUGUUUCAAUGAAAACAAAAGGAGAAAAAUAAAGAGAAGAUUGAUGAUCUCAGAGAAAACUCAACAAAGGCAAGAUAUUAAGAAAAGGAAAAGUAUGCAUCAAAUAAAGCAUAUAAAGCAGAAAAAAUCUCAUGCAAAAAGCAAAUAUCAGAACAACUCUGAAUUUAGACAAAAGAAAAUCAAUAAUACAAGAGACAAUGUUGACUUUCAGCAAAAACGGAAAGAGUACAUUUCCUUCCGGUACAAAGAAAAUGCUGAUUUUAGACAGAAAAAAAACAAAUCUUUGUCUCUCGUUACAGAAAUAAUCCUGGAUUUAGAGAGAAGAAAAAACUGCACUUUACAGACCGCUACUGAGACAAUGCUGAGUUUAGAAAGGAAAGAAAACUGUACUUCACUGCUUUUUAUGAAAACAGCAUUGAUUUUAGACAAAUGAAGACAUCUCACAUUAUUCAGCGUUACGCUCAUGACCGGGCAUUCAGGCUCAGACACAAACAACUAAUGAAACAACGAAUGAAAGACAGAUAUAAAAACCAUCCUACAUAUCGAAGUAUGUGGAACAUGAGAUGUGCCAUGAAAAUAAAAAGGAAGUACAGAGGGAUAAAUAAACCAACAGAAGAAAGUGACAACAGUUUGAUCAAAGAGGCCAUAUCUGUUUUCAGGUCACAAAUAAAGUUCGGUCCCACUUAUGUUUACACCGUGUGUCACAAAGCAUCAUUUCCAAACCAAGUGAAACCCUGUAAACGGUUAAACUAUGUACGAAAUCCAGACGUUGUUGCAGCAUGCCUGACAGGAAAGUACGUCCAUGUGUGUGAUGACGAGUGCAGAGAUGAACAGCAGUGCAAUGUGCCUGAUGAGAGAAAGGAAGAGUGGAUCUGUCACACCAGCCACAAUCAUCUUAAAGAUGGAGUCAUGCCGACACUCGCUGUAGCCAACAACUUGGAGCUCGCUGACAUUCCACCUGAACUGUGUGACCUCAACAUAUUGGAGAGACAUCUCAUAGCCAAGUGCAUAGCGUUUGCAAACAUCAUUCCUCUUCCUAAAGGAUGACAGAGAGCGAUACAUGGCAACGUGGUUUGUGUCCCGUCUGAGGUGCAGGAAACAGUGGAAGCGUUACCCAGACUGAGAAGUGAGUCUCAAGUGAUGAGAGUAAAGCUGAAGAGACAAUUGUGUUACAGAGGACAUCAGCUGUUCCAGACUGUCACCUGGUCUAAACUAGUGCAGGCGCUGCAUAAACUCAAACGCAUUCAUCCACAAUAUCAGGACAUCACUAUCAGAGAUGAGGCCGAGCUUUGUGACCCAACACUUCCCGAUGAAGAUGAUGAGGAUGGUGACGAGGAUGAUGCCACCAUGGAUGAGGACGACUAUGAUGAUGCUGAUUUAAAGGAAAUUGUGUGAUGUUUCAGAGGAGAUCGUAUGUUUCAGUGAAGGAAUCUACUCUGUUGCCCCUGCAGAAAGUAACAGUCCAGUUGGUUUCUUCAAAACUCCUAAACUUGAGGCGAUGGCUUUCCCUGUGCAGUUCCCUACAGGUCAAAACACACUGGAUGAAGGGAGACGUAUGAAAGUAACACCCAGCAGUUAUUUCAAAGCGAGGCUUUUCUGUGUUGAUGAUCGUUUUGCCAGAGACACAAACUACUUGUUCUUUGCUCAGUUUGUGACUGAAAUACACUUGGCCACAUCCAGCAUGACAAUGAAGUUGAGGAAAGGAAAGCCAAUGACUCGAGAUGGAUGAAAAAUAACAUCUGGUAUGCUGCAAAACAAACGAGAGGUAGAGAAACUGGUGAGGAAGGAAGAUGCAGUCAGAUUCAUGCAGCCGCUGAGAGGAACACCAGCCUACUGGGAGAAAACCACAUGAAACCUUUUUUCCAUGAUCAGACAGUUGGGAACUCCCACAUUCUUUUGUACAUUUUCUGCAGCUAAGAUACAUUGGCCUGAAGUGAUUGAAGGAAUAAAAAGACAGCAAGGUGAGGAGGUGAACUUUGAAGGGCUCGACUGGUCAGCAAAGUGUGACAUUCUGAGAAGCAGUCGUGUGACAACAAUGUGCAUGUUUGAUAAGCGUGUUGAGGCCAUAUUCAGACAUGUGCUCUUAUCUCCUGCACAGCCUCUUGGCAAAGUUGUUGACUACUUUUACCGAGUUGAGUUUCAGCACAGAGGAAGUCCACACAUUCACUGUCUCAUAUGGGUAGAAGGUGCACCUGUGUUUGAGGAGGAUGAUGAUCACACUGUGUCAGCUUUUGUGUCUAAAUACACAGCUCAGCUACUUGACCAACUCACACAACCUGAACUGUACAAGAAGGUCACAGAGGUGCAAAUACACAGGAAAAAACACUCACAUGUUUCAGAAGCCCCAGCUCGGGUUGCAGAUUUGAUUUCCUAAACCACCUUCCAGAAAGACAAUGAUAUCGAGACCUGGCGAGGGCAUUGCUCCACUGCAACGGCAGUUGCUGCAAGUCCAAGCUCCAGCCACUGAACUUGUUGCUGAAUGAACCUGAAACUGCCUCACUCAGUUUGCAGCAGCUCCUCAGUAAAUGCAACUUAACAGUCCAAGAGUAUGAAGGAUGCCUCAAUGUCAUCAACAAAUCCAAUGCGGUGAUCCUGAAACGUGAGCCAAAAGACUGCUGGGUAAAUGGAUAUAAUGCACAUCUACUGGAAGCCUGGGAUGCCAAUAUUGAUGUCAGUUAUAUUCUCAAUGCAUAUUCGUGCAUCAUGUAUCUCACCAGCUGCAUCACCAAAAAGGAAUCUGGACUUUCUGAGUACCUCAAAACAGUCAUUGAAAACUACACCAGGGACCACGUCAAUGAAUGUGAUGAAAUGAGGGAAAUCAUGCAGGCGUACUCUAAAAAGAGAGAGAUCAGUGCUCAGGAGUGUGUUACUCGUGGAUGUGGAAUAAACAUGAAGAAGUGUUCACGUGGUGUCAUAUUUGUACCUACAGAUGACAACGCACUGAAAAUGAGUCGCCCCUUGUCUUACCUGGAGAACACAACAUUAGAAAGUGUAAAUGUGUGGAUGACAUCUUUGACUGACAAAUACAAAUCCAGACCAGAAACACUAGAGGUUGAGCUGAUGUGUUUGGCUGAUUUCGCAGCUACUUGUAGAAUUGUCUAUGGCCAACAGAAAAAGGGAAAAGAUGUGUUUCCCCUCCUCAAUGACAUGGGAUUUGUGCAAAAGCGUAAAAACAAUAAGCCCGCCAUCAUCAGAUUUUACCACUGCUCACAGGAAAAAUAUCCAGAGAAGUUCUAUGGCACAUUACUGAAACUGUACAUUCCUCACCGAUCAGACCUGGAACAUUUCCCCACGUACGAGUCCUUCUAGAGUUGUUGUGUCCAACUACCAGGUUCUGACCAUCCUGAGUAUGUCCAUCACAUUGUGAAACGAAACAAAGACAAAUAUGAGAAAAACAGCGAGGACAUUGAGAAUGCAGUCAAAGAAUUUGAACAGAACAGAGGAGUGAUUGAUGAAUGGUGUAAUCUGGCUCCAGAAUCUGAAGUGGAAAGGUUGGAAUGUAUCGAAGAACUGGAGGCAAGAGAGCCAGAUCAUGAACAUGUUCAAGAAAAUGGUCCAGAAUACAGUAAUCAGGCCUGGUGCGUAAAGCGUGUCUGUGGCCUAAAUCCUGAGCAGUUUUUCUUUUACAUCAAUGGUGGUGCUGGAACAGGAAAGUCACAUCUCAUUAAAUGCAUCUACUUAGAAGCAUCUAAGAUACUGUGCAAAGUGCCCAGCCAUUCUGAGGAGGUCGACAUAUCCAACCCCACGGUCCUGUUGACAGCUUUCACUGGAACUACAGCCUUUAAUAUAUCAGGAUCAACACUGCACUCUCUGCUCAGACUUCCACGAAGUCCACGAAGUCUGAAACCUCCAUUUCAAGUACUUGGUAACCGGAUGAAGCCCGAUCAGAACUUUUAAAUGCUGAAAUCCUCAUCAUUGAUGAAGUGUCCAUGGUGUCAAAACCCCUGGUGCCUAUGUGGAUGCAAGACUGAAACAGAUCAAAGCUAGUCCCAAACCCUUUGGUGGAAUGUCAGUAAUAGCUGUUGGAGACUUUUAUCAGCUACCACCAGUGCGACAGUCCAAGACCCUCUGUGUGUACGAGCCAUGUGAGAUCGACCUAUGGCAGGAACACAUUCAGACAAUCACCCUGACUGAGAUUAUGCGGCAGAAAAAUGAUGUUGCCUUUGCAGAGAUGUUGAACCGGAUCCGUGUGAAAGGAAAGUCAGAUGAGUUGUCUCAAGCAGACAGACCCUUGUUGUCACAGACCAUCACUGAACCAUCACUUUAUCCACCUGAUGUCCUGCACAUGUUUGCAACUAAUAAACAGGUUGAUUCACACAACUCAGUAACAUUAGCUCUGCUGCAUUCUAAUAUCACCAAGAUCGAUGCAGAUGACUACAAGAAGGACCCACGAACUGGAAGAAUGGCUCGUCAACCCCAUCCAUACAAAGGAACCAGAAAUGAGUUACCAGACACACUAAACGUAGCUGAAGGUGCUCGAGUCAUGCUCACCAGAAACAUAGACGUGUCUCAGGAAUUGGUGAAUGGAUCGUUUGCUACACUAGUCACGGUAAUAACCUCAGAACAGAGUGGUGUUGCACAUGUCACUAUGCUCGGGCUCAAGAUGGAAGAGCACCGGGCGGCCCUGAUGAUGUGGUGUACAUAGAGAGAGCAGAGGACAAUCUGAAACAGAAAUGAGUGGUACGCAGACAGUUUCCUGUUCAACUUGCCUUUGCCUGCACAAUACACAAGGUUCAGGGUAUGACAAGGACAUCAGCUGUAGUGUCACUGAAACACGUUUUUGAACCUGGCAUGGCUUACGUAGCUAUCAGUAGAGUGACCUCUCUCAGUGGACUGCAAAUGCUGGAUCUGGAUGAGAGUAAAAUCUAUGCCAACCCAGAAAUCACUGGAGCCCUCGAGACCAUAAGACAAGUCAACUUGGACGACAUGAUGCCUCUUCUUCGAAACAUACAGACAUCAAGUAGACGUGACACUCUGACCAUUGUUCACCAUAACAAGGAAGAGAGUCUCCAUUUAGAGGGCUACAACAUGUUCAAACGCAACAGACACCUGUCCUACACAAAUGUUCCACAAAUAGCCAACAGAGGUGGUGGUGGAGUCGCUGUUUAUGUGAAAAGCCACAUUCAGGUGCGUGAGAAACAGUACGUACAUAAUGUGACCGAUCUUGAGUUUGUGGCUCUGAAGGUAGAAGCCCCAGUGAGAGCCCUGAUUGCAGCUGUGUACAGACCUCUAGACUACAGUGUGAGAUCAUUCCUGUCCAACCUGGGGAGCCUGCUGGACUCAUUGGAGAUCAUGGACUGUCAGCCCAUCAUUGUCUGUGGUGAUUUUAACGAGAAUCUCUUCUCAAACACCAGGAAGCCAAUCCUUGAGCUCUUCCAGUCCAGAGGAUUUGCACAAGUCAUCACUAAUGCAACCACUGACAAGAACACACUGCUGGACCUCAUUUUCAUCUCUCAACCACAACGCUGUCUCCACUCUGGUCUGAUGAGAACUUAUUACAGUUAUCGCAACCCUGUCUACUGUGUCAUGGAGCGUUUUCGCAGUCGAGUGUGAAGCGGUCGGGAUGAGGAUUAGCACCUCUAAAUCUGAGGCCAUGGUUCUCAGCAGGAAA